AUGCCUAUUUUCGCUAGAACAAAACAAGCCACCGGUGCAUUAGAUGACCGGGUAAGAAACCAGAUCGUCGGACGCGAUAUAAGCCAAACCGAUCCAGCCUACUUUAGCAGCGGCAGCGAACAUAGUAGUGCACACGACAUCAUUUCCCCGUCUUCUCAUUGUAUAUCUGAUCUUUCUCAUUGCUUUCUCCAGCAACUUUGCGCUGGAGAAAAAGAUGAGAAAGCCGACAUUUAUGAUUCAAACAGUAUUGGUUCAGAAUCGGAAUCAGAAUGCGACGAAUCUAAUUCUGAUUCUGAUUCUGAAAAUACAGAUAUCAUAAAUGACGGCUUAAUGUCAGUAUUUAGAAACCUCGAUACUGACAGACACAGGAAUCAAUUACUGUUUCAUGUUACAAAAGCUAUAGAGAUAUCUCGGUCCAUAAAACUUAACAAUAGUCAAAACCGAAACGUGAUGUUGUGUCUACAAAAAAUCGGUUACAAUGCGGCGGUUUGCAAGACUAGUUGGAAGUCAUGCGGCGGGUUAACGGCCGGGAACCACGAGUUCAUCGACGUUGUCCGUACAGAUACCGGCGACCGUUACUUCAUCGACAUAAACUUCGCAAGCGAGUUCGAGAUCGCGAGAGAAACGAAGCAUUUUCGUCGGGUAUCGAGACAUUUACCGACGGUUUUUGUUGGUAAACAAGAGCAUUUAAAACAGGUGGUUAAAUUGGUUAGCGACGCGGCAAGAAAGUCGUUAAAAGCAAGAGGAUUGUUAGUUCCGCCGUGGCGGAAAAAUCGGUUCAUGCAAAACAAGUGGUUUGGUCCGUACCGACGGACGGUUAAUUAUACACCGACGAAUAAUAUUGUGAAUAAGUCGCCAAUGAGUUCCGUGAAUUGUAGUUUGUAUGGAUUUAACGCCGUUAGUGGAAGUAACGGAGGGUUACUAACUACGGCAACACGUACAAGAUAA